UAACAAACAUGGCGGCAGCAGUACGUGGGUCGCCCGGCACUCGCUGCUUUAUACAUUACCUUAAUUCUUCUUCUGGAGUUCGGCACCUUGUCAGAGGACACGCAAAUGCAUAUAAUGUUGGUUACUGGUUUCCUACGUCAAGUUAUCAUUCUGGUGCAACAUCUCAAAGAAGCAGAUGGACACACUGUGGAGGUUCAUCAAAGCUAUUGGUGGGACAAUUAACUGUACUUCAACUGCCAUCACAACUAAGCAGAACCAGCCUCCGUCAUAACAGCUCAGCCAGCAGUAUACUACAUAAGAUAUUCUUUGUGAAGGCAGCAUCUCCUCUCCCUGAUGAAGAAAUUGUUGAUUCUAAUGGUGUAAAGGCAGAUUCAUUGGAUGCAACUACUUAUUCUGUAUAUAAUACAGCAGCCCCUGUUAACUCUGUCACUGAUGAUACCUCAGCAGCUGCUUUUCAGUCAGUAGCAGAUGCUGGUGAAAGUGUUGCAGCAUCACAGAACACCAUAGAUUCAAUAACAUACAUCCUUCCACCUCCGGUACCUCCUGAAGCUGUAGGGCCAGCUCUGAAUGCACUUGGUGAACCUACUUUUGCUAGUCUUGGUUUAGGGGGCUGGAGCCCAGUUGGUAUCGUCCAGAGCUCUCUUGAGUUUUUACAUGUAACAGCUGAUCUUCCUUGGUGGGGAGCUAUUGCUUUAGGUAAGGACUGUGAAUCUUGUAACAGUUUAGAGGAACUUUUCUUAUUUUCUGAAUUUUUCAUUAGAUACAUGCAUCUCUUGUUGAAGUACCAUAGUUUCUGGCACAUAAGGUACACCCCAGUUGUGGCACGCAUGUUCUGGGAAAAUGUUUUGAAGUUACAAUUUUUUUUCCUUCCAGCUGCAAGAUACAGCCAAGAGAUGGUGGAAUUUAUGAAGGAGAAGGAAAUAAAUCCAAUGAAGAAUUUAAUUGUUCCUCUAGCCCAGGCACCCGUCUUUAUUUCCGUGUUCCUUGCUCUCCGACGGUUGGCCAAUCUACCCCUGGAUAGCUUCCAGACUGGUGGUCUGUUUUGGUUUAUGGAUCUCAAUGUGUGUGACCCUUACUACUUGCUACCUGUUAUCACUUCACUCACUAUGCUGGCCACCAUAGAGCUUGGUGCAGAUGGUGCUAAGUUGAGCUCACAGAACAUGCAUCUCAUGAAGUACUUCCUACGUUUACUGCCAUUUCUCAUCUUCCCUUUUACCAUGAACUUUCCUGCAGCUGUGUUGUGCUAUUGGGUCUCUACCAAUGUGUUCUCACUGAUACAAGUGGGAUUUCUCAAGAUCCCAGCUGUUAGAAACUACUUCAAGAUUGAGGCAUCUAUUCAUCAUAAAAAGGAGACAUUGCCUCAGCAGAAUAAGGGAAUGGUAGAAGGCUUCAAGGAAUGUGAGUUGUCAUAAUCAUUCGAAGUUUUGAAGAAAAGGGAUGUUUAGGGAAAGUAGCUAGGAGGGGGAAAGUAAGUGUUGAAAAUUUAGUAAUGUUGUUAUCAUGAGAAAGGGCUAAACUAUAGGGAAAUGAGAGGCAAUAAGAUUUGAGCCAAGGAAGGGAAGGAUACAUCCAAUUUCCUGAAUGGGAAAUAUUGUAGACAAGUGAGGGCAGUUAGCCAGUCUUGAGUCCAGCAAGUAGGAAGUAUGCAUUCUAAAGGAGGAGUAGGGAAUGCUUGCUGUUUGGAGGGUCAUCUAAACUGUCUUAUCUGUGUGCCUCUGG